AUGCUCGACAUCCUGCGUCCAGCAGUCAACAAGGUCAAGUCUGCUGCUGCUCCUGCUGCACCUGCUCGAGCCGCUUCACCCACUUUGUCGCCCGCCUCAUCCACCUCUACACUCAAAGCCUCCCCAUCCCCACACCAAUCCAGAUCCGACCAUACCCGCUCAACGUCCAGAGCAUUCACAGGCCCGGCUCGCUCCAAAGGCCAGCAGGCGCGGCGUCUCAGCAUUGAAAGUGGCGUCUCUUCCUCUCACCGACAUCGCUCUUCUCGGCAAGAUCCAAGUCAGGGCCCGCUCGACCCUACCCUAGCUUCAACUUCCUCUUCCUCUGCACGUUUGUCGCCUGGCCUAGCGCCCUUCCGACGCUCCGCCUUUGCUUCAGAUCCGCGCACCACACGCACAUCCAGGGGUAGGUCCAAACUCGCACGUACCGACAACACCUCCUCACCUACAGCGUCCGUGGACUCAUACCGCAAUGAACAUAGCAGGACACGCAAGCGUCCCCGUACCCAGAGCCCACUGCUAGGUGGCCUUUACUUUUCCGAUCUCAUCGUCGUAGCCUUCUUUUACGCCGUCAACCUCCUGCGAACCUGCGGCAUCGCCGAAUUGGUCGAUGUCGCUUUCAAAGCAUUCACCUAUAUCUGUACACGACUUCCUUUUGACUUUUACCAGCGAUGGUCCCUCAGCCGUCCCCCUUCCAGCCAAUCUGGUUGGUAUCCGCCACUGACCGCAUCAUCUUCGGCUACUCGGCAAUCUGAUUCGCGCCAGUCUACAUCCAAAGCAGACCCCAUCGACACAAUUCGUGGCCGUAACAACCGAUCAAUCGCACCAUCGUCCACCGCUUUCUCCGAUACCAUCUUUGUCUCUGAUGGAGAAUCUUCAUCAAAGGAGGCGUUCGAUGACGAUGCUCAGUUGUCACCUUUUCACCAUCUCACUCUACUUCUAGUCAGGUUCGCCUGUACUAGCUUUCCCCACCUCGUACCACGCGUUCUCUUCGCAGAGGAGACCAUCGGUCCACUUGUUCGGUGGAGGACAGGUGGAGGAGCUGCAGGUAUUGUGCGAGAGUUCACCAGCGAAUCACGUUCAUCCGAGUUUUCAUCCACCACAGUUCGUCUCCCACAUGCCUCUUUGAAGACGGAUCCAUUACGCAAAGCUGCUGGCACUGCUAGCUUGUCUACUUCCCCCGAUAAAGCGAAUUUUCAGCCACGACCCUCUCAACCUUAUAGCCGACCCGGCUUCCGUGCCUUUUGGAUCGGUGCGGAUGCACAUGUUCCUGUCGAAGUGCGACGUUCCGAUCCCUCCUCCAAAUCAGCGUCCACAAUGCUCUAUCUUCACGGAGGUGGCUUCUCGCUCGGCUCGGUCGCCUUCUACGCUGAAGCGCUCAUCCGUAUUGUCACCAAAAUCUGCGCCUUGGAGGCUCGCGACAACGAUGCCCGCUGUGUCGCUGUCGAAUACGACCUCGCUCCCACUUCGCGCUUCCCUGGCCCCUUGCUGCAGUGUCUCCGAUGCUACGCUCAUCUUAUCGAAGUCGAGGGCGUCGAUCCUGCAUCCAUCACCAUCGCUGGUGACAGUGCCGGGGGCAACUUGGCCAUGUCUAUGCUGCUUUGUUUGGACGGACAAGCUCGUACCGACGGUAGACUAGCCGAGAGGGACUGGAGUGCGCUUCCGAUGCCCGGAAGAGCAGUCUUGAUCAGCCCAUGGGCGGAUCUCCGUCCCUCCGCUUCGUUGGCUUUUGCCCCUCUACGCGAAGCUGCCGCCGCCGCUCCAGCAUCCUCCAAACAGCCACCCUCUCAGACGGGCGCCAAUCACCAUGCUCGACCAGAACAUGCUGCAAAAGACUCUGAACACAUGCGUGUUUCCGCCUGGACAGAAGCAAUCGGACAGCAUGAGUGGGACUACGUCGCUGCAGAAGCGCUAAUGCACUUCGCACAGCUCUAUGCCGGCGUCCUCAAAACGCCGCGUAGGGUCAGAGGACCGAUGGGCUGGGUAGCUCAUAUGUGUGCCGUGCUUGCUGGUGAUGACGAUGACACCAACUACGCCGCUGCCAAUCUAGCCAAGUCUGCGACAUCUGGAAAUGCAACGCCUGGCGCCACCUCACCGCUGGCCAUUCUCCGCACGCUUCUGUCGCCCCCCCAACGCGUCGCUCGAGCCGCCCACAGCAUCCUUACAGAACCACUCCUUAAUCGUGCCAGCACCGCCACGGCUACCUUUUCUUACAAAGCACGAUCAAGCUCGGACGCUUUUAACCAAGUCGAGAACAUCCGUCCCUCUGCUGCUGGUGCACUCGACCCCAUCUUUUCACCAGCAGAACGCAAGACAGAUACCGUUCCAAGCACCACUGACCUGUACCUUCCCAUCUGGAACGAUGAGCUUCAGGAUGUACAGAAAGAAAAAGUCAAGCGGCAUUCGGAUGAUCCCGACUUCGAAGAUGCCAAACUUUUACUGGAGACCAGCAAGCUCGUCAAUCCUGCCAUUGGCGAUUGGAGCCGCAUCAAGUUGAGGCAUGGUAUGCUGGUGCUAUGGGGUGAUCGUGAGCGACUCGCAGACGACAUUGAGGUCUGGGUCGAUCUUGUCAGACGGUCACAGUCCGCCGAAAGACGACGCCAAGCGGGGCAAGAUGAUGAACCUGGUCAAGAUUUCGACCCACCUCAUCGCUCUGCAGCCACAGCAGACGCAACUCUGCUCGCGCGCAGACAUGGUCAGACGUUGCAGGAAAGACGAGCAGCCUCACGUUCGCCGCAUCGAUUGACACCGAAAUCAGAAGACAACGCUGCCGAUUGGCUGUGUACCGCAGUCGAGCACGGGCCGGGCGGUGUUCAUGCUUGGCCGUUCGUCUCGAUGUACCUCGCUGGCUCAGAGGCAGAGCGCGAGAAAGGUCUCGAGAUCAUUGCACGCUUUAUUGCCGAGCCCAAUCCCAGUCCUUCAUCGACUCUUCCACCUACGCCAACCUCGCCCAUCGUACCUCUGGCUGUACAGCUGCCAACUUUACAUCAGGAACAUUACCUCGCCACCACGACCAACUCGCCACCGCAUCUCAACACUGUUUCUCCUGCAGGGUCAAUGCCGAGCGACAUUUCGCGUGGUGACGCAGAUGAACAUGAUUACCCCUUCCUUGGUUCAAGCUAUACGGAAUCCGAAGAAUGGGAUCCGAGCGAACGAAACGAGCUCGGACUGCAAGGCGUUUAUCCCCACGAGAUCCUAUGGGCUCGGCCGACACCGACGCCAUCUACAGGCGCAGGAACGCCUUUGGACAGCGACAUGGAGCGCGAGAGUAUUGGCCGUGAUGACUUUGUUCAUCGCGUUGACCUGCAGCUGGGCGGCGGUGAUGCUGGGCGAGUCCGGGGCAGUGAUAGUACAGUAAUGGAGCCAGUGCAUCUGCAUCACCCGACUCACCACGUCGCUUCGGUCUUGAGCCAGCCUGACCAGAUACCACAAUGGGCGACUGCAGCGCCUGCAGUUGACCGCGCGUCGUCAGCAACGACGACACAAAAGAGGUCUGCGAGAGGCACGGGUGGCCCCAUUGGAGGCCGCUCAUUGGCCGAUCUCGAAGCUGAAUCGGACAUGAGUGCGCCUCCAUCUCGACCUGACUCGCCAGGAUCAGGAUGGCGAGAAGACGGAGGCGGCUAUGACUCGCGUGAAGACGGCGACGAUGAUCUCGAUGCACCCUCUCCACAGGAGCUCGACCGCGAUGCUUUCUUCGACGGUCCUGUUUCGUUCGCCGACGAUGCUAUCCCAAUGGACCCUGGCUUCUACGGACUGGCGCACUACCAUACCCUUCGACCGGAGGGCUUGUCGGACAUUGCAGAGGAAGAGUCGCAGUUCGACACCUCAUCUGUGCUAAGCAGCGGCGGAAACGGCGGCAGCGGAGCCUUGUCUCCUGGGGGGAGCGUUAUCAUGUUUUCUCCCGAAGGUGGGAGGUCGCCCAAUGUUGGAGCUUCCAGAACCCCAUCGAACCCUGGCAGGUAUUCAUCGUACACGCCGUCGGCUGCAGAGAUGGCGCGGCUGAAAGAAGCGCUCGAUGAGCGGGAACGACAGUACCAACAACGUUUUGCGAGGAGAAGCGGUCGCUUUCCGAUUGAGGAAGAGGACGAAUUCGUAGGGGAAAAUUCUGGAUCGGAUGAAGACGUGGGUUGGCUCGACACGGAGAAUCGACAGCAACAGUCGCAGCAGCAGCAGCAAACAGUGAGCCCCUGGAUGUCGUCUGCCGAGCUGCCGAAUUUGGCCUCUCUGCAAGCUCAACGCAACCCACAAAUGUUGCGUGUCGGCGGUUCUUCCGUGGCGUCCAGCAUCACCGUGCAAGACAAUGUCAGCGCUUCAGGUGGCAGAGACCAAGGAGGAGCUGCACUGCGGCCCCCUCCUUCGCCGGCGAGAUCGAGCACCUCGCAGAGUUCGAAUGUGGGCGAAGUCUGGUGGUAG